CAGAAAUCUUGACAUCAUCCCUUUCUUGUAUAUUUGGGUUUCCAGUUGAAUUUCCAUGUGAUCAAAGUUCUACUCUGCAUGCGAUCUUGCGAUAAGGAACUUGAUUUAAACUCACAUUGCUGUCCAUGAGAAGAGUUGACCCGAAGAAAGAGCAGGUACAGACAAAAUAGUAAAGUUAUUCACUCCGUAACUUUAACUUUAACUUUAAUAACCCGUUGUUGACUUACGGUAUUUCUCUCGCGUAAAUGCGUAUGAUUACGAAUACUUUAACACAAGCCUUUGAAAAUAAGUGUAUGGUGAAGAUAUAUUUGAUACAUAAGCUACUUUUUUUCUUUUUUUCAGGACGAUUGCGUCGCCUCUUCACGAGCUCCGGGUGUAAUUAUUUCGUUUGAAGGACCGUUCUCGAGAAUAUCAUGUGAAGGGUAAGAAGAUUCAUGAAAUAUGAAUUGAUGCGCACUAAAAGGUCACUUUAUUUAAAUUUCAUACUUUAGUAAGAGUCUGUUUUGUACUCAGACCAGUUGUUUUACUACCAGCAGUCGUUACUGAUCUAGAUUAAAGGGACAGGGAAAUGCUUUAGUUAAGAUUGGAACACGUAAUGCGUAUCAGUGAGGGCGGAAAUUGCUGUUUCCGUAGGCGACAGGAAACUGAAAGCGAAACCCUUUCUUCGCAGUUCGAUUUCCGUCGCUAGAGAAUGACUUGCCUUCUCCAAUUCAAUAUGUUUUCCGAGAACUCGAGUUAGGCAUUAUUUAUCGAUGAUAUUUUUUCGACAAAAUUAUUGUGCCUUUAAAUUCAAUCUGAUAAACCAUAGGACAAUUGUGACCACAAGUAAUGUUUGGGACAAAUCGUCCAGUCUUAGUUAUAGUUAACUAAUUUUCCACAAAAUGUGGCUCUUAUUUGGUGCAUAUAAGCAGAUAAAUCUAACAGUGUUAAAACAUAAUUAUUAACCAUGGAAGAGGGUGGGAUGGAAAGAAAAUGGCGACUGAGGUUCAGUGUGCACUGAAGAGGCUAUUGAGCAUUUGUGCUUCAGCAUAUAGCUUUACUUCACUAGUAACAGGAACCACUGAAUAGUCUACAGAUGUUAAAUUUAUGCAACAGCCAAUUUGAAGCUAAGUUUCCCAAAGACUAUCAAUAUUUUCCUUCGCAGUUUGUCGAAUGACAUAUUUACAUAUUAGAUUUCCUCAGUUUCCAGUUUCAACCUGCUGACUGAAGUUAGCAGACACAUGCAGUAUCCAUGAAUUGAUAUAUCUGAAGAUUUUACCAUUAUAGGAUUCCUCUUGAGUUCAAUUAUUUUCCAACAACCCCUUUUGAGCGUGAUCGAGUGAAACAGCCUUAUGUUGUUUAUGUCUUUCAGAUUAUCCUAAAGCUUUCUUCAGUUCAUUACACUGUUCAAUAGCAACAAUUACUGCCUUAACCCUUUAACUCCCAGAUCCAAUUUGUAAUUCUCCUUACUGUCAGUCAUACAAUUCUUAUAAUGUUAGUUCAUCGAAUUUAGCAUUGGAUCAACUAAUUAUCCCCGAAUUGAUAUUUUUCUUAAAUCUUGUCACUUAUUUGGUUGAUAACAUAUUUAUAUUGUAAGGAGAAAUUUGGUGUUGGUCACUCAUGGGAGUUAAAGGAAUAAAUAUAGCACCUUAAAUGGAAUUUUUGUGACUGUCAAUAUCUCUCACAUUUGAUUAAUAUUUAUUUUAUGUUUUUCUUUUACAGUAAUUAUUACAUGUCCAUCAUUUUCUGACUGCUCAUAUUGUGAUUUUUUGAAGGCAGGAAAUCUAAACAGGGUAGGUAUAUAUGUUUUUUUUUUCAUUUUUUCCCUCUUUAAAUAUGAUACAUAUAUGUAAGGAUUUUUUGUGUCUUAUUCUCAUGAGAAUGAAAAAUGUUCAUGUUAUUAUUUGCUAUUCUCUUUUUUUCAUGAAUAUCAUUUUGCUUUGAAUAUGAAACAUAGUGGUAAAGUAGCAAGAUAGGUCACUAAUUAAAUUUGCAUCAAUCUUUACCCAGUGGUUCAAUCCUUUGAAUUUAUGCUCAGGAGUAUAAAUUGGAUGUUGUCAUCCUUCACUAGUGCUUGACACCAUGUCUUAUUAUGUUGCACCUGGCAGCUGAAAUGCUUCUAAUGAUUAAAAAGUUGCUUUGGUCGUUACAGGUGUAAUGACCAAUGUAGGAUGCAACUGGUCGCUGUAAUGCAAGGUUCUGUAUUUGUGACCCUCCAUAUGAUUUUUGGGAGAAGGGUGAUAGCAAGCUCACAACAUGCUUCUACUUAAAAAUAUUUGUGUUUAUAAUUAUCAACUUCCUGAUUAGCAAAAACAAAGUUGGAACAUGUGGCUGCGAAUGAGUUCCAUUAGGAUUUAAAGCAGACACUUUAAUUACUUUUUUCGUGUGGAGGUUACUUUUGAUGAUGUUUGUAGCAUGUUGAAGCACAAAAUCUUACUCAGUGCUGGAAAAAUUGUGAUGAUUGUGUAAACAAUUCAACAUGUUCAAGAUAUUCAUAAAUUGCCAUUACAUAUAGCUAUUAAUUAUAACAGCCAAUUUGUUCAGUUUCUGUAAAAGUAUAUCUCAUUAGAUGACCAGAUUGACGUUUAGGGGAUGAUAAAAAUAAUGAAAACCAUCAAGGCCCACAUCAUUUUACAACUGCUUAAAUGGUGAAAUUUAAAAUUUUUCAUAUCCGUCCCAAUCAUGGAUUUUUGGAAUAAGAAGACCCUAAAUUGUUUAAAAAAUAGUAAUCUGAAAGUUGACUUUGUGGGAAAUGGCUAAGAGAGACUGUUUAUUUUCGUCCAAUGAAAAGUGUGUGCUUAUUUAAACGUUGAAAAUGAAUGGAAAUAAUACACUACCAUAAGCCAUUCAGUAAAAAUUAUAAUAAGCCAGUUGAUUCAGCUGUAAAUAAGCGUAUCAUUGGGAGGUCUUUUCUUAUAGGUAGAAUUUCGGGCACCUUUUCCUCAGUGUGAUCAUGAAUUUGACAUGGAGACAGAUGUUUUUACGUCUGCACUCACAGUGUUUUGUCAUUUAGGAUCGAAGAAAUUGAAUUUCAGUGUUUUGACUGCCUCUUACAGUAUGUAUCAAUAUUCUUUAAAAAUUAUACAUGAGUAUUAUAGUUCUGCAUCUUUUUAGUGAUCACAUUGAGCCAAGCCAGGAUCAAGUUAGUCCCCGUUAGGGAAAUGACUCAAAAUUUUUGACAAGUAUCUUUGUUCUUUGAAUAGGGAGCUUUAUAUUCUGAUAACAUAUGAAUUGAUGUGUAGGGGUUGAAUUAGUGCUGCUCAUACAUCUAUCAAGGAAAGUUUCCUUUAAAAUGUGAGAAUGCAAGAAUCUGAGGGAAAAAAACUUAAAUUUAAUCAGAUCUGCUUUAAUUGUUUCCAGCAGUUAGUCCUAAGUUGGUAAACCAUGGAUAAGCUAACUCCUGAGGAAACGCGAUGGCUUGUGGUUGGAAUUGGCAUUUUAAAGGUUCUUACACCUGCAAUUAGGAGUGUCGUUGGGAAAGAAAUACGUCAAUUGUAUCAGAAAAUGGUUCUUGAACCAACUUACAUUCAUUUACAAACAUCCUCUUCUUAUCUUGAAAGAUUUCCACCUUCUACUGUGGACCUUGAAUAUAAGAACAUCAACAACAACGCAAAACAUCCAUAUGAUUGCAACUAUGAUCGCCGUGUUAAAGAUGAACUGUCAUUAGCUAAACUGUUUGUGACGCCAUCCUCGUCGGGUUUCAUAGGUUUUGAUGAAACAAUGGAUUCAUCUGCAGCACUCUCGAUUUUAUGUGCAGCACCAAACUAUGUUUCUAAUGGAACUAGUGUUAUCGCAAGGGAUGUACGUAAAUUGGUUCGUAAUGAAUGGGGCCAUUGUAAGAUUGCAAUUUGGACUGAAGCUUAUUACCAGAAGUGUUUUCAGCUUAUGAAAAAACUGAUCUCAAAACUGAACCUUCCUGAAGCAUCGAAAAAAGAUUUUUUGAAAGACUUGCAAGAGUGGAGACAGAAAGGUGAGUGACAUUAAGGAAAAUUUUAGUUGGGUAUCUUUUGUAAAGUACGUUUUGGUGAAUAAUUAACACGUAGCGGACUGUGUUUGACAAAAUGUUGGGAUUUGUCCAACGAAUAUCUCUCCUUACUAUUUAAGGGAUCGAGAUGUGUGUCGGACAACAGAUCAGCAGUGAGGUGUUAAAGCUUCUUCACGAGGAAAUGGCAGCAUUAUGGACAUCUGUUGAAGAAAAUAAAGAAUCCUGGGGAAAAAGCCACAAGGGACUGAGAGACAAUCUUAGCAAUUUGAAAGGGCGAGUCAAAGAACUUGAAGCGAAACAUGCUGAUUUGAAGAGAGGUCUAAACUUCGUUAAAGAAGAUUGCUUGAAACUGAAAAAAGAAGGAGUGAUUUUGUCACAAAAAAUCGACAGGCUGAAUUCAAGAGAAGAGACUGUCCCUCCGGACAUGUCUGCGAGCGGUAAUUAAGUUUUAAUUGGAGUUUCAAGUCCUUUACGAUGAAGAGUUGUAAAACCAAAGCUGAACAAAGUCUGAUACUCCGAUAGCUAGAUUAUGACGAUUAUAACGACCAAUCAUAACGCGUGUAGUAUUCAGUUCACAACGCUAUAGAAGAUGGCUUAAUUAGCAGCUUGAAAAGCAUUGUCUGGUGCUGUUUCUUUAACUACUAAAAAUGUAAUAACAUGGGUUGUACUUAUAAUUGUUCCUUUUUCAUCUUCAGGACUCCACUGGAAAUUACUCGUAUUCGUUCUUCUUCUCGCAUUUGUAUUGUUCCUUUAUGAACAAUCUUUCGGAGAAUGCGGCAUGUUCCAUUAUUGGUACUCCAGGGCAGGUAGAUUCAAACACCGAGAUACUUUUCACCUGUUUCAUGGCACGCCAUUGCUAUCCACUUGUCAGUGUAUUAAUCCACCCUUAUUAUGAAAAGUUAAUGGCUCCUUGAUCUAAUGAAAUUAUCACAUAAAUUAAGAAGCAAAGAGAGAUAGAAGAAAGAACAAGAAUAGCUGGUGAAAAGAGAAAACAUGAAAUAGUUUGGCAUCAAAAUUCACACUUUGACAAACGUCGUUUAGGAAACAAGUUGUUGUCAAUAUGUCAGUCUACAAAAACUUCGUGAAGUUAAAGGAUGUGGAGUCUAUAUUUGCGAGUCUAACGCCUUACAAAUAUACCAGAAGUAACUAGGCACUUUGUAAGCAAAUUGUCAGGGGAGCCUGUUGAAACGCUGGGAGUAAGCUUGCGAUGGACUGGCACUCCGUCAAGGGGGGAGUAGUAAUACUCCUAGUCUGGGAUAACUUCCGGCUGGUGGGGUCACUUGGAUCGAGC